CAGGCAGCGGUACAGACGCUCCUUUAUUAUAAUAAGGCCGCUCUGCCGGCUUUUGGUGGUGCCCCGCCAGCCUCGCUUUCACCAACCCGUGUCGUGCCCUUGUUUGCGCCUGCCGAGCAGUGCUCAAGCACGCGUUCCGUCCCUUUUUGCCCAGCCAACAGACAACAAGCACCACCAUGAGCGACCACCUCAAGCCCUCCGGGGCCAGCACCGCAGACUCGGAGAAGACUGCAGCAGUCAGCAAAGCACCCUCUAUGGCAGACUACGAGAAGACAGACGCUUUUUCCACACAGGCUUCCGCGCGGGAACUUUCUGCAGAGCCGCAGACAGCACCUGGAACAGCCAACUCAAAGGAACAGGCAGUUGUCGACGAAGCAGACCAGGCCGAGGAGGCGGUCGAGGACGAGGACGAGUACCCCAAAGCGUGGCGUCUCGCCGUCAUCACUAUAGCCUUGUGCUUGUCUGUCUUCUGCAUGGCAUUGGACAAUACCAUUAUCGCAACAGCUAUCCCGCGCAUUACAGAUCAGUUCAAGGCUCUCAACGACGUAGGGUGGUAUGGAAGUGCCUACUUACUCACCACCUGCGCGACACAACUCAUCUACGGCAAAUUCUACACCUUCUACUCGAUCAAAUGGGUCUACGUCUCGGCCCUAGUCAUCUUCGAAAUCGGUUCCCUCAUCUGCGGUGUUGCGCCUAACUCGACCGCCCUGAUCAUCGGACGUGCUAUUGCAGGUAUUGGCUCGGCCGGUAUCUUCAGCGGUGCCGUUCUCAUCAUCACCGUCAGCGUGCCCCUGCGACAACGACCAGCAUACAUGGGAUUGAUCGGCGGCAUGUACGGCAUUGCUAGUGUUGCAGGCCCACUCCUCGGAGGAGCCUUUACCGAUCACCUAACUUGGAGAUGGUGUUUCUACAUCAACCUUCCUCUCGGCGCUGUGACCGCAGCAUUCAUCAUUCCCUUUUUCAAGGUCAAGCGCCGCAACGCAAAGAUCAACGCUACCCUGUUCGAGCAGGCCAAGAAGUUUGAUCUCGAGGGCAGCGCCUUGUUCCUCCCGGCCAUUAUCUGCUUGCUCCUUGCCCUCCAGUGGGGUGGUAGCAAGUACGAAUGGAAGAACGGCCGUAUCAUCGCUCUCCUGAUCAUCGCCGGUCUGCUCAUCAUUGGUUUCCUUGCUAUCCAAGUCUGGAAGCAGGAGGAUGCCACCGUUCCGCCUCGCGUCUUCAAGAACCGUAACGUCUGGGGAUCUGCCUUGUUUGUGGCCAUGUUGGGCGCUGCCUUCUUCGUCAUGGUCUACUACAUUCCAAUCUGGUUCCAAUCCGUGAAGGGUGUGAGCGCGACAAAGUCGGGUAUCAUGAAUCUGCCCGCCAUCCUCGGCCUUGUCAUCGUCUCCAUGAUCGCAGGCGCCGCCGUCACUGUGCUCGGCUACUACACGCCUUUCAUGCUCAUGUCCUCGGUCCUCAUGUCCAUCGGCGCCGGCCUCCUCACCACCUUUGAGACCGACACCCACUCCGCCAAGUGGAUCGGCUACCAAUUCAUUUUCGGUGCAGGUGUAGGCCUGGGAAUGCAGCAAGCGCUCGUCGCUGUGCAGACCGCACUUCCUAAAAACGAUGUCCCCAUCGGCACGGCCAUUAUGAUGUUUUCUCAGACCCUCGGCGGUGCUCUCUUCAUCUCUGUCGGCCAGAACGUCUUUACCAAUCAGCUCGUCAAGAACCUACAGGCAGCGGUGCCGGGCUUGGACCCCAAGAUUGUGCUUGCGGUCGGCGCGACAGAGCUGAAGAACCAGAUCCAGGAGAAGUUCCUCGGCGGCGUGUUGAUUGCAUACAACAAGGCGCUCACGGAGACAUUUUAUGUCAGCGUUGCCACAGCUGUCAUGUCCAUCGUCGGCGCGGCGUUCGUCGAGUGGAAGAGCAUGAAGGGCAAGGAGAUCGUUAUGGGCGCAGCCUAGUUGUCCUCUUUCCGCUCUCCUUGCGUUGUACUUGCCACGAUUCCAUCGGCCUUAUAUCUUGUAAUAUUGGAUACCCACGCCGAGCCCCCAGCCGGCUCCUUUUCUUUAGUGCUCUUGCUGCACCACUACACAUCCGCAUUUACAGCAUGGCGUUUUUUGUUUUGUAUGGAGCGUCGCAUCGACGCUCCGACUAUGGGCAUUAGAAUAAUAGAUGGGUGAUUGCGUGGACACGAAUCUUCUCUCGCAAAAGUUGAGUUAGCGCUUAAACGACAAUUAGAGUCUCAAUGGAAUCCGUUGAACGAGGAAGAU